GGGUCACAGGUAUUGCAGUGUGAGGCCAGUUUUGGACAAGUUUUCAUGUUCCACUGUCAUAUCCACAAUUAAUCCCUGCUGCAGGAGCUCUUUUGUUAUGUAUCCUGCCUGGAUUGCUGAGCACCUUGACCCCAAAAGGGCUGACCCAUUUUCUUUUAUUCGAGGUGCCAAUGCAUCAGCCACUGCCUCCCCUCCCCUGGCCCAGCAUGGAAGAGCCUGGGGGAAUCAGGGGGCAUGGACAGCAACGUGCCUGUGCUGGCUAGAGGGGAACAAGAUGGAUUUUAUUACCCUGGUACAGUAAAAGAGGAGAUACAGAGUGAAAGAGGCACGUUCCUGGUAGAGUUUGCCAAACCACUAGUGUCACGUGGAAGGCAUCCAGUGUGUGUGCAAAAAACAGCACAGGAUGACAUCCUGGAAUAUGUGAAUGGGAUGAAGCACUCCUUGCUCCCUGGAGACAGAGUGCUGGCACCCUGGGAGCCAGAUAGGGCCAGGUAUGGCCCAGGAACUGUCCUCAGAGGCAUUGAGACAAGGGAUCCCUUACGAGCCUCAGAAGAUGAAGAAAUUACAGUCCAUUUCUGGAAUGACAAGCAAGUGAAACUCCCCCGUGGUGUGGCUCUGUGGAUCCCUCCUAGCCUGUGGGAGAGGAUUGUGGAGAUGAUCCACAUGCCCUUCACCAGCAGGCUGAAGCCCAGACCAAGCCAGGACUCUAACUCUUGUACUUGUUCCUGCAGUCCUAAGGCAGCCCUGAUUCCUCUUUGUGCUCUGUGUAGCCUUGCCAAGCACUGCUUUCUCCGCUCUCCCUGCUGGCCACAUUUCCACCACCACUGUGCUGGUGGUGUCUGCUGUUCAUCAGCCUGGGGAAGGUGCAUCUACUGCUGCCAUCCCUGUGCUGGUGCCUGGUGGCCUCUUCCCUCCAGGUCUCUGGUCUUUCAGGACAAAGCUGAAGAGGCAGAGUCCAGCAGUGAGCUCUCUCCAGGCCUUCUAGAACUGAAAGGCACAAAAGAAAGAGAAGCUGCAGCUGUGGCAACAUCUUCUCCCUCUUCUGAUUCAGAGAGGGACCUGAAGCCAUCCCCCACUAAGAGUACUCUGGGGGACAGUGCUGUUAACUCAGGCUCCGGCUGUCUUGAAAAGCCCAGGCUAAGGAAUUCUGCAAGACCUGAGGGGGAAUACUGGAAAAGAAGCUACCACAAGUCCCAUUCCAGUAAUUCAGGACCUGGAAGUUGUACAAAGGACCAUCUGGAAUCCAAAGUCAUCUCCAGUGGGGACAUGUCCAGUGUGGCCCCAGCUCAGCAGAAUGCAAUGUUUGAAACCACUGAGCAGACUCCCAGAGGGCAACUUACACUGAAAAAAAUCCUAAGAAACCAAGAUUUCAAGCCAUCAUUGAGGGAAGGCUUUGCAGCAUCAGAAGAACAAAGAUACAAAGCAGCAUCAGAUGAUAAAUGUGAAGUGACUUGUGCUGGAGCUGACAAACCUGAUGUUACAGACUGUCAGAGCUCACUUGCAGCAAAGCAGAGAGAGACAUGAUCAACCAGAAUUCAGUACAUGUACAACUGAUCAAGUUCAGGGGCUGAAAUUUCAGAAAUGACUGAAUUAGUACUGUCUUGGCUGAUGCAUAAAUGUGGAAGUCAUGCAUUGCUUGUUCCAACUUUAAUACUCUUUAACAGGACACAAGAUAGACCCAAAAAAUAAUUUAGGUUGGAAGACACCCUUAGGAUCAUAGAGUCCAACUGUAAACCUAGCACUGCCAAGUCACUGGUAAGGAUGAGGCUCACUACACUUUGUUUUGUCUUGUGUAAAACUCUAUUCUGCCCCAGUUGUUCUAGGAUUAACUGCUUACUGUGUAUGUAGUGCUUUGAAAUUAUAAAGGAGCUGCUUAAGAGCUAAUCACUUGGUGUGCUGUGUUUUCUCUAAUUUAAUUGCAGAUUUGGGCUCUGUAUUAGCCCUGCAGGCAGUGAGCUCCCUGCUGAGUUAGGAUAACAGAUCCCUAAGGGCACAAACUGAAUGGAAUUCCCAGAGUUCAGUGCAGUAGCUGGGCUGCAGGGCUGUGCUCACAGGGAUGGGCUGGCAGAGGUUGGCUCCAGUGUGCCCACCCAGCAGAGCACUGGCACCUGCCAGCCAGAGCCAGCACGAGAGCAGUGGAGCUGAGCACCCGCACACCAAACCUCUCAAUUCCUGCUCAGCACACACUGAGAGCUGAGCCCACACUCCUUACCCAGCAGCAGCAUCCCAAAUCCAGUUUGGCCUGGUUUUGUCUGGGAUAGAGCAAGUUUUCCUCCUAGUAGCUGGCAGAGUGCUGUGUUUUGGAGUUAGUAGAGUACAGUGUCGAUAACAAACUGAUGUUUUGGUUAUUGUUGAGUAGUGCUCACCCUAAGCCAAGGACUGUUCUCAUGCUCUGCCACUGGGGAGCUGCACAAAAAGCUGGGAGGGAGCAGGGCUGUGACAGCUGACCCAAGCUAGCCAAAAGGAAACUCCAUACCAUGGAAUGUCAUGUGUAUAAACACGCAGAGUUGCCUGGGCACUGGUCAGCGAAUGGUGAUCAACUGUACUAUGAAUGACUUGUUCUUUGCGGGUUUUAUUUCUCUCUCCCCUUUUCAUUACAAUUAUUAUUGUUAUUAUCAUUGAUAUUAUAAUAUUUUACUUUGUUUCAAUUAAUAAACUGU